GCUGUGGAAGCACUUCGACCAGGAAAUCUCAGAUUGUUGACGGGCGACAGUUUAGCUGGUGACCGUCGGGAAGCGGAGAAGUUGUUUUUAGUAUUAAAAGGUUUUAGUUUUCAUUUGUGCGUCAUGGCAUCUCUAUUCAAGAAGAAGACAGUCGAUGACAUUAUAAAGGAACAGACUAAGGAGCUUCGUGGUACUCAGAGACAGAUCACUAGAGACAGAGCUGCUCUGGAGAAACAAGAGAAACAAAUGGAGAUGGAGAUAAAGAAGAUGGCUAAGUCUGGGAACCGGGAGGCCUGCAAGAUCCUGGCCAAGCAGCUGGUCCAGCUGAGGAAGCAGAAGAACAGGACCUACGCCGUCAGUUCAAAGGUCACCUCCAUGUCUACACAGACCAAGGUCAUGAACUCCCAGAUGAAGAUGGCAGGAGCCAUGUCUGCUACGGCUAAGACAAUGCAGGCGGUGAACAAGAAGAUGGAUCCUCAGAAGACCCUCCAGACCAUGCAGGACUUCCAGAAGGAGAACAUGAAGAUGGGCAUGACAGAGGACAUGAUCAACGAUACGUUAGAUGAAAUAUUUGACGAGUCAGGUGACGAAGAAGAAUCUCAGGACAUUGUGAACCAGGUUCUGGACGAGAUUGGCAUUGAGAUCUCUGGAAAGAUGGUGAGAGCCCCAGCAGCAGGGAACAAUCUCCCCUCUGCCUCUCCUAAACGGAAAACACAGAUCUCUGACGAUGAGAUAGAGAGACAGCUCAGAGCACUGGGAGUUGACUAACACACACACACACACACACACACACACACACACACACACACACACACACACACACACACACACACACCUUGGGCUAGGUCUGUGUACUUGCAGGCUGUUGGUCCAUGUGUCGGAGACUGGGAGACUGUGGCUGGUUAUGAAUAUGUAGUGACUACAUUAUGGAAUAAUAGAAUGUUUUAUUAUGACCCAAACUACAAUCUGCUGAAGGAUGGGAUAUUUAUGUACAUACAGACAGUUGACUCCGGUGACUUCAAUGUAUACAUGAUAUUUUGGAAGGACCAAUCCUGUGGGAGGAUGAAGUAAUGAUGUUUUUUGUGCUCUCACAUCUUUAGGGUACGGUACUAUAGAUGCUGGUGAUGUCAUAGACUACUGACGAUGUGUCUGUAGUACCACUUACAUUAACUCUAGGAACUACUGACAAUGCUUGCCUUUUUCACUAAUAAACAUUUUGCAUGAGAAUCUAUGGAAUCAGCUUGACCAAACUGCGUAUCCGUUAGGGACAUACAGGUGAAGUGGGAAGUUUACAUACACUUAGGUUGGAGUCAUUCAAUUUCAUUUUUCAACCACUCCACAAAUUUCUUGUUAACAAACUAGUUUUGGCAUGUCGGUUAGGACAUCUACUUUGUGCAUGACACAAGUCAUUUUUCCAACAAUUGUUUACAGACAGAUUAUUUCACUGUAUCACAAUUCCAGUGGGUCAGAAGUUAACAUACACUAAGUUGACUGUGCCUUUAAACAGCUUGGAAAAUUCCAGAAAAUGAUGUCAUGGCUUUAGAAGCUUCUGAUAGGCUAAUUGUCAUCAUUUGAGUCAAUUGGAGGUGUGCCUGUGGAUGUAUUUCAAGGCCUACUUUCAAACUCAGUGCCUCUUUGCUUGACAUCAUGCGAAAAUCAAAAGAAAUCAGCCAAGACCUCAGAAAAACAAUUGUAGACGUCCACAAGUCUGGUUCACCCUUGGGAGCAAUUUCCAAAUGCCUGAAGGUACCACUUUCCUCUGUACAAACAAUAGUACACAAGUAUAAACAUCGUGGGACCACGCAGCCGUCAUACCGCUCAGGAAGGAGACGCGUUCUGUCUCCUAGAGAUGAACGUACUUUGGUGCGAAAAGUGCAAAUCAAUCCCAGCAAAGGACCUUGUGAAGAUGCUGGAGGAAACGGGUACAAAAGUAUCUAUAUCCACAGUAAAACGAGUCCUAUAUCGACAUAACCUGAAAGGCCGCUCAGAAAGGAAGAAGCAACUGCUCCAAAACCGCCAUUAAAAACUGCACAUGAGGCCAAAGAUCGUACGUUUUGGAGAAAUGUCCUCUGGUCUGAUGAAACAAAAAUAGAACUGUUUGCCAAUAAUGACAAUUGUUAUGUUUGGAGGAAAAAGGGGGAGGCUUGCAAGCCGAAGAACACCAGCCCAACUGUGAAGCACGGGGUGGCAGAAUCAUGUUGUGGGGCUGCUUUGCUGCAGGAGGGACUGGUGCUCUUCACAAAAUAGAUGGCAUCAUGAGGUAGGAAAAUGAUGUGGAUAUAUUGAAGCAACAUCUCAAGACAUCAGUUAAAGCUUGGUCGCAAAUGGGUCUUCCAAAUGUACAAUGACCCCAAGCAUUCUUCCAAAGUUGUGGCAAAAAAAAAAAAAGGACAACAAAGUCAUGGUAUUGGAGUGGCCAUCGUAAAGCCCUGACCUCAACCCUAUAAAACAUUUGUGGGCAGAACUGAAAAAGCGUGUGCGAGCAAGGAGGCCUACAAACCUGACUCAGUUACACCAGCUGUCAGGAGGAAUGGGCCAAAAUUCACCCAGCUUGUUGUGGGAGGCUUGUGGAAGGCUACCCACAACGUUUGACCCAAGUUAAACAAUUUAAAGGCGAUGCUACCAAAUACUAAUUGAGUGUAUGUAAACUUCUGACCCACUGGGAAUGUGAUGAAAGAAAUAAAAGCUGAAAUAAAUCAUUCUCUCUACUAUUAUUCUGACAUUUCACAUUCAUAAAAUAAAGUGGUGAUCCUAACUGACCUAAGACAGGGAAUUUUUACUCGAAUUAAAUGUCAGGAAUUGUGAAAAACGGAGUUUAAAUGUAUUUGGCUAAGGUGUAUGUAAACUUCCCACUUCAACUGUAGAUUCAGUUUGACACAAAUUAUAAUCUAAUGCUAAUUCAAACUAAUAAUCAUAAACUUCAUAUUUCAAGUAAUGGUUACUUUUAAUUGCUUGUUUUGUACAACUGAGUUGUACUUUAGUUUGAAGAUGUCUGUCUCAGUUGGUCUCUGUGUGUCCUGUCUUUCUGAUGUGGGAUGGAACCAGUAGUCUGUCUGUCUGUCCUCAUCUCUCUCUUUUUUUAUCUCGGCUGCUGUGCAGUUACCGUAUCUGUUGUUGAAGCUGUUUUCUUAAACCACAAACACUAUAGUGGACAAGACAAAUGGUUUGCUAAGAUGACACUAAUGGUUUUGUCUUCCUGUAGUUCCCUCCACCAUGCUGUAGAGCAGGUCAGAAGACAGUGACAUUGUGCAAUGGCAGCUAAAGAGCAUUUAAUGCAGCCUAGAAUGUUCUCUCAUGGUCCUUUUGUGGUUUUCUAAUGUCGACUGGUAUAACACUGAAUGCUAAAAUGAUUGUCUUAAUGUUUGUUACUGGAAAGCAUUGAGACUGGUACACUGUCUUUUACAUGACUUUCUUUUCAUCUUCAUUUGUGGUGCAAUUUUCCAGACAGGAAAUGUAAAUGAAUGAAGGUUGUUGUCAUGCCUUUUAUCCACCAUGUACAGUAUGUCAACUAAUGUAUGUAUCCUCUGUGUUUGUACAGUUCUACUGUUUAGGCUUGAUGAUGGCUUUUAUAAUGAAUAAAAUCACUUCAUGUACUA